UUUCCCUCUUCCUUUUUUCUUAUAGAAAAUAUAUAUACGUCCACAAGUAAUCGCUCCUACUGUUUGGAUAUUUGUAGAAUCAAACUUGUUAUUUACAUGAGGAAACUAUAUACAUAUACGAUAUGGAUCAAGAUUCAAUAUGACUCUUGAUUUAAGUCUUAGUGUAAUCUUUUAAGUUUGUAGUUCUAUUACAUCUGGUGAUCUGGAGGAUAAGUUAGUCAUAUAUAUUAGACACAGUUGAGGAAUUUAUUGGUGCUUAAAAAUUUUCAUGUGAAGGAGGGACCUAUCAAAUUAAAUUCUAUACAAGUUGAGGGGCAAAAUAUGUAUUAAGCCUAUAUACAGAGUCAACUGAUAUUAUGGCUUUUGACUAAUGCAAUUCUUGAAGAGCAACUGAUUGAUUCAUUAUCUAAAGGGCACAUGUUUACAUAUUAUAAGCUAGCUCUGCACAAGUACUAAGUGGUUUGACCGGUUUCCAUGGAUAUUUUUCAGAGCUCCAUCUCCAUAACAGCCACAGUUCUUUCACUUCUCUUUUGUGGAUUCAUAGUUCAUUUUCUGACCAAAAAACUACUAGUCAAACAUGGCAAAAAGAGGUACCAUCCAAUUGGUGGCACAAUUUUCAACCAGCUACUCAACUUCCACAGGUUGUACCAUUACAUGACUGAUCUUGCUAGCAAGUACAAGACUUACAGAUUGAUCAGUCCUUUCAGGAGUGAGAUUUAUACUUCUGAGCCUGCUAAUGUUGAGUACAUUCUCAAAACAAAGUUUGACAAUUAUGGCAGGGGGUCGUAUCAUUAUAGCAAUCUAAAGGAUCUGUUGGGAGAUGGCAUUUUCACAGUUGAUGGUGAUAAGUGGCGGGAACAGAGGACAUUGUCAAGCCACGAGUUCUCCACGAAGGUCUUAAGGAAUUUCAGCAGUGUGGUGUUCAGAAAAAAUGUGGCAAAACUUGCCCAUAUUUUGUCUGAAGCAGCCAGUUCCAACAAGACAGUGGACAUUCAAGAUCUAUUCAUGAAAUCAACUCUAGAUUCUAUAUUCAGAGUUGCCUUUGGAGUUGACCUAGACAGCAUGUGUGGUUCAAAUGAAGAAGGCAAAAAUUUUAGCAAUGCAAGUGAAAUGACAGUAUGGAGAUAUGUUGAUGUGUUUUGGAAGAUUAAAAGAGCUCUCAAUGUCGGAUCAGAAGCCAAGUUAAAGGACAGUAUAAGAACUGUUGAUGCAUUUGUUUAUAAGCUGAUCCGAAGAAAAACUGAGCAAAUGAGUAAACCAGAAGCUGAUUUAUCUUUGCAGUGGAAGAAAGAUGACCUUUUGUCAAGGUUUCUGCAAAUAACCGGAACAGAUCCAAAGUUUCUGCGUGAUAUAAUAUUGAGCUUCACAAUAGCUGGCAAAGAUACAACAGCAGCCACCCUUUCUUUGUUCAUAUAUGUGCUUUACAAGUACCCUCAGGUACAGGAGAAAGUAGCACAAGAGAUUGAAGAAGCAACAUAUGAGAAAGAAGAUGCAACAGACAUAACGGAUUUUGCUGCCAAUGUGAGUGAAGAUGCACUUUUAAAGAUGCAAUAUCUUCAUGCAGCACUGACAGAGACUCUUAGGGCUCCCCUUAGGCUCUAUCCUGCAGUCCCAGUGGAUGGAAAAAUUUGUUUUUCGGAUGACACCUUACCAGAUGGAUUCAGUGUGAACAAAGGGGACAUGGUGUCAUACCAACCAUAUGCAAUGGGAAGAAUGAAAUUUAUAUGGGGUGAUGAUGCAGAAGAAUAUAAACCAGAGAGAUGGCUUGACGGGGAUGAUGGUUUCUUCAGGCCGGAGAGUCCCUUCAAAUUUACAGCAUUCCAGGCAGGGCCGCGAAUCUGCUUGGGGAAGGAGUUUGCUUAUAGGCAGAUGAAGAUAUUCGCUGCUGUGUUGUUACAUUACUUUGUUUUCAAGUUGAGUGAUGAUAAGAAGACUGUAAACUACCGGACAAUGAUUAAUCUUCACAUCGAUGGGGCACUGCAUGUUUGUGUCUGUUACUGAUAGGGCCAUUAAAGAGAGCCAUAAAUAUAUUAGAUCUCCUCACUGAGUUCUGUAUGCUAGAUAUAGCAAAUAUGAUAGGGAAUCCAUUUCCUCCUGAAUGGAAUAAGCCAAAAAGCUGUUAUUGUUACACAUUCACAUUGUCCUUGUUUUACCUUCCUCUCCCUAUGUUUUCAUGCCAAGUAGUUUGUGUUUUACAGUGGAAAAUAUAUGAAUAUGAUAUGAAUGGAGACGUAUAA